CAAGCAUGUCUGUCUGGUUUAAGCACAGUAACAAGCUGCCAGAACACAAGUACAGAUGAUGAGUCUAACCAGCAUUAAGAGAUAGAAUUUUCCUGUGUAAACAAAUUGUCAUGCCCUGAUUUUAUCGGUUGGUUGUAUUAACUGCUCUGUUUUUACAGUUUGAGUUGUAUUUCAUGAGGCUAUUUCUUAAGUUCUUGUUUACAGCGUGAUUUAUGUUUCCUGAGAAUCCAUUCCAAAUUCAUUGAAAGCAGCACUUCAAGAUAUCAUCCCACAAUCACAAGCAAUUGAAUUAGAGAGGAGGAUCCAUACUAUGGAUUUAAUGAUGUGAUGUACAGAUGGAUCUCACUAGAUAACUGGACUUACAGCAGGACUUUCAAAACUCCUUUUGAUGUCAGAAAGUGGCAGAAAGUGAAUUUGGUUUUCGAGGGAGUAGAUACAGUAGCACAGAUCCUGCUCAACAAUGUCACUCUCGGGAGAACAGACAACAUGUUCAACAGAUAUAGCUUUGAUAUUACCCGUGUGAUCCAGGAGGUCAAUUUUGUUGAAGUCCGUUUCUUGUCAGCCAUUUCCUACGCAGCAGAGCAGAGCAGAUGUCACAAGGCACACAGCAUCCCUCCGGCGUGCCCUCCACCUGUGCAGAAAGGAGAGUGCCAUGUUAAUUUCAUCAGAAAGGAGCAGUGUUCAUUUAGUUGGGAUUGGGGCCCUUCUUUCCCCACUCAAGGAAUCUGGAAAGAUGUUAGGAUUGAAGCCUAUAACCAUUAUCACCUGAUUUACUUUUCUAUCGCUCCUUUCUUUGUAAAGAGUGCUCAGCAGUGGUAUCUUGAAGUCGAGUCUAUUUUUGAUGUAGUCAGCUCCAAGCCAAUUGCAGGUCUUGUGACUGUGAACAUUCCCAAGUUACAAACGCAGCAAACGUUCAGUGUGAAGCUUCAACCUGGAGAAGGCAGCAUUGUGCUGCUUGUAAACAUCAACAAGAGUGCUGCAGUGGAGGCUUGGUGGCCAAAUGGACAUGGAAGGCAAACUGGGUACAACAUGACAACAACUUUUAUGAUGGAGGCAGGAUGCCAGAUUGAGAAGUUUUCAAAGGUUUAUUUUCGGACAGUAGAACUUGUUCAGGAGCCUAUUCCUGGCUCACCAGGUCUGAGUUUCUACUUCAGAAUCAAUGGCCUACCCAUUUUUAUUAAGGGCUCAAACUGGAUUCCAGCAGAUUCUUUCCAGGACAAAGUGACCUAUGACACACUAAGGCUACUCUUGAAGUCUGCAGCAGAUGCUAACAUGAAUGCCCUUCGGGUUUGGGGAGGAGGAGUGUAUGAACAAGAUGAAUUUUACGAUAUUUGUGAUGAAAUAGGAAUAAUGAUUUGGCAGGAUUUUAUGUUUGCGUGUGCGCUAUACCCAACCGACCAGAAUUAUCUAGAAUCCGUAAGAGCAGAGGUUUCUCAUCAGGUACGACGUUUAAAAUCACAUCCAUCAAUUAUUCUGUGGAGUGGUAACAAUGAAAAUGAAGCAGCAAUUGCAAGCAACUGGUUCUCCAUACCUCAUCCUGACAUAGGACUCUAUGUCAAAGACUACGUGACCCUUUAUGUGAAGACCAUACGUGAAAUAGUUCUUAGUGAAGAUAAGAGUCGUCCUUUUGUUGCAUCCAGUCCCACCAAUGGCUUGGAGUCAGUUAAAGAAGGCUGGCUCUCUCAGGAUCCUUAUGACACCCAUUAUGGUGACACACACUUUUAUGACUACUACAGUGACUGCUGGAACUGGACAGUGUAUCCCAAAACUCGUUUUGCUUCAGAGUAUGGAUUUCAGUCCUGGCCUUCCUUCAGUACAAUUGAAAAGGUUUCCUCCCCUGAGGACUGGUCCUACACAAGCAAUUUUUCUCUCCAUCGGCAACACCAUGAUGGUGGCAAUAUUCAGAUGCUUCAAGAGAUUGGGCAUCAUUUCAAGCUUCCCCAGAGCCCAGACCCUGUAAAGCACUUCAAAGACAUGAUUUACCUCACUCAGGUGAUGCAGGCUCAGUGUGUAAAGACAGAAACUGAAUUCUAUCGUUUUAGUCAAAGUGAAAUAAUCAAUGGAGAGGGACACACAAUGGGAGCUCUGUACUGGCAACUCAAUGACAUUUGGCAAGCUCCUUCAUGGGCUUCCUUGGAGUAUGGUGGUAAGUGGAAACUGCUCCAUUAUUUUGCCAAGAACUUCUUUGCACCGCUGCUGCCUGUGGCCUAUGAAGACAAAGGGAUGUUGUACAUCUAUGGUGUCUCAGAUCUUCAUGAGGACCACAAGCUGACUUUGAGGGUCAUUGUGCACGCCUGGAGCUCUUUGGAGCCAGUAUGCACCCUUGCCAAAGAAGGUGUGACUGUUAAAGCACAGAGUGCUGUCCCCAUCUACAAAGAGUCCAUCAGUGACCUUCUGGAAAGAUGCAGAAAUUGUACCAGGAAAAGCUGUGUUAUUACUUUCUGUCUCGUGGGAGAAGAUGGGCUCCAGAGCCCUACGAACCAUUACUUCCUUUCAUCAUUCAAGGAUGCUGUGGGAUUAGAAAAGACCCAGCUUAGUGCCUCUGUAUCCCAACAAGAUGAUAUUUAUAUUUUCGCUCUUCAGACCACUGCAAUUGCUCCUUUUGUAACUCUGGAUGUAGGGAGCAUAAAAGGCAGAUUUAGUGAUAAUGGUUUCCUCAUGACUGAAGAGAAGAAAAUGGUUGUGUUUUAUCCUUGGGAACCUACCAGUGUUGAAGAACUAGAAAGUUCACUAAUCUUGACCUCUCUACUGGAUGUUGUCUGAGACUACUUCAUUUCCUUCUAGAUAAAGAGUGAAACAGGAGGAGAAAAAAAAAAAUUAGGAGAUUUGACUGAAGUUGAAGUGUUAUACACUUUGAGCUCGCUGAAGAACAUACUGUCUUUUCCUGUCAUGUGAAUUUUAACUGCUGGUUCAAUGUAAAGAUACCAACAGCAAAGUUUACAUAUAAUACAUGUGGUGUAUUGAAAGCACAUCCAUAUUUUUUUCUAGUUUCACUAUGCUGUAAGUGGAAAUUCAUUUUAGGAUAACAGCAAGGUGUGCUGGGUGCAAGGGAGAAGGGCGGGGGGUGAAGCUGGGACUACCUCCAGUAGGCCACCGAGCUCCUCCAUGGGCAGGUUGCUAAACAUGUGGCUUGUCUGUCAGAUGUGGUUUGAAAUGCAGCUGGGAUCUUGCAGGGGUUCCACAAGGAUGCUCUGUGCCCCCAAGCAAAUAGUUUGAACGAGUUAGAACAUUAGAACCUUUGGAGUUGGAACGAGCUCUGCCGCUGAUGGCCGAUGACCAUCGGUGUCAUAAAAGCAGCCCUGGGCGAUACCUGCUGGUGCUGUGGGGGUCUGGGGCGUGGAGGGAGCGGCUGUGUGUUCCAUUGGGGAACUCAGAACGGGGCUGGAUUACAGUUGUGACCACUUCUAAUGGGCAGAGAGAUGAGCGUAUUGACUGGUACUUUGGUGUUAACCAAAACCGACAUACUCGUGAGCAAGAGGGAAAACUGAUAAAUGAGAGUUUCUUACAAAUGCUUUAUUGGGUCACCAAAACAACUAAUUGCAGUUGCAUCUGAUUCAAAACUAGUCCUAGUCAAAAGAAGACAUGAAAACAAUCAAAAUAUGGAUGUGUAUGUGCCAAUGUUUAUAGAUUUUGUAAAAUAAAUAGGGUAAAUGACAGUCAUGAGUAAAACUUCGUUAAUGCAAGCAGUGACAAAGGAAAUGAAAAAGUUAUUCUGAGAGGCAUCAUGGGCCAACAAUACCAGAAAAAUUCUUGAGUUUUUUUGGUGUCCCGGAAUCAAAGCAGCAAUAAAGUCAAUAUAAGGUAAGAAUGAAAAAAUGUGGAGAAAAUAUGAUUAAUAUGUACUCCUGCAGUGUAUUUUAGGAAAAGGGCAAGUUUGUUGAUGUCUUUCUCUUACAUCGAUGGAGAAAUGUCUCUUCCAGCAACAUCAAGAUAAGGCACUUAAUAGUGUUAAAUAAGUAAAACUUUGUAGGAAUCACUUGUUUAAAGACAGUCACGAGGCCUAUCUGGAGGUUAGUGAUAUUUGUUAAUCUCAGCGUAUGAGUGAAGUUUGAGAUAGGUAGAAAAGAGCUUUUGGAUUGCUAGAAGCAAAACCCAUUCAUUAAUUUGGGUAACUGUGACCUCGUCUAGCCUGUCACAAUUUUUAGGCAAAAUCAUGACAGAAAUUAUCUGGUACAUGAUUAAUAAGUGAUAAAGCAGCUAUGCAAAUGAAUCCUACCAGCAAAGCUAUAUAGAACAGCGUUCUAUUCUUUUUUUCCAUGUUGCUUUCUGCAAUUACCAGAUUGACAUUAGCAAGGUUUGGGCAAUCUUUUAAAUUAUUUAAAUUAUUAAAUUAUUUUUGAAGGUCAGGAGCUUCCCUAAGGAGUAGGUCCAUUAUUUCUCACUGAAAAUCUUUAAUUCACCACUAGGUUCUGUUUUGAAAGAUUAGCAAUUGCUUAAGCCAAAUGCUUGAACUCAAACCAGAAUUUAAAAGGGAAUGUUGGCUUCCAUUAUUGUUUUAAUAUCCUUAAUAUGUUCUUUUGGUUUCCUGGUGUUGUAGUAGGUGUGUAUUUUUAGAAGCUGUUGUCUCCCCAUGCAGCAGCAGCUGUAACGUGUGCUUUGGUUAACCAUUUCCCCUUGGUACUUUUGCAGUGGCGUCCUGUGCUAUACUUGGUUACGUUGUUCUGCCUUUGUCUCAGAUCAGGGCAGAGAUAGGAAGGCAGCGCUGGUACCCUGCACUCCUGUGGACACAACACACCCAUCUUGCCAGCUGCGUGUUGUUACAGCUACAGCUGCACCUGUAUUGCCAGUUGUCUGAUGGUUUGGCAGCAGGAGCAUUAGGAGGAGCAUCUGGAAUCUUUUGAAGCCAGCAAAAGUUUGGACUGUGCCAUUGGCCAUCACUCUAGAACUGCUUUAUUUCAAGACAUGAUCAUCCAGAAAUGCCAGAACCUGUGGAUGGUGGGACACCCAUGUUAAUGAAGACUGAGCUGAGCCAAGAAUGACCCUGUCAACACUCCAUCUUUGUGCCACAAAAGGUGGCUAGAAAUUUCCUUUUGAGACAAACACUUGAACAGCUUUCAUCUAGUAAGUGAGCCUGAAAUAGGAACAAGUCAGUAGCAUCUAUCACCUGUGCAGGAUCCACAGAAGGAGUGCCUGACUGCAAGAGCUGAAACUGAAGACAGCCGGAAGACAAUCACCAAAGCUUCACUUUGUUAAAAAGUUGUGAAGUAAUGCAGAUGUAUAUUAUGCUCACAGAAUAAAUCCAUCUCAGGAGAAAGCUGGACACCUUGAGACUUAACCUGGCUUCUACUGUUCAAAACACUGCAAUUUAAGGAAAUGUGGGUGAUUGCACAAGGCUUGCCAGCUAAAAAGUGAGUAUGUGAUAGUGUCACUUGACUAUUCAAGAGAUUAUCUUUGCAUUUGUUCAGAGCUGCUUCUGCUGAAUUUUGUGUUAAAUAACUACUGAUCAUUAGUUCCUCACUCUAAUCAUUAGUACUUCACUCUGAGUUCCACAGAAUCUGCAUGGCUGUAGAGGAACAAAGUGGAUGUCCACUCCAGCUCACAUUACUGAAGGACUGAUAUGCAAAUAUUAGCAGCCAAGUCUGCCACAAACAUCUGUGCAAUCCCUUGGAAGACAACAGUACAGUACAGAUGUAAGCAAGAGCAAAAUAAUGUUCUCUGGAAAGAAUUUGGUGUCAGUGGAGAAAUGCAGUAUGGACCCUCCAGCUAUUGUUUCUACAUCUCUGGGUGAAUCUCUUACUUGAAGCAUCCUAUGAAGACUUACAUGGAAUAAAAAGCAGGGUACUCUCCUUCAGCACCAAGCUGAGGAUCCUCAUACACCGUGUACCAUUAUGCAAGCACAGCAGUUCAUGCUCGGUCAAGAUUUUAAGUAAAAAAGAGCAAACUCACAACAUGCUCAACAUGCCCUCAAUGACCAGAUUACUUUCUGACAGGUACUGGAUCAAUGACGUUUAUGGUGUACAUGGCUUCUUUGCAAAUGAAACAAAAGUGUCUAAAUCACAGCUAUACCUCUCCCAAACAGCAGAAAGGAGAAAUGGUACCAUCAGUGACUGGCACCCACGAGGGACAGAACUAAUUGACAGAACACCAUUCUGCCCCCAAACCCGUUGGUUUCAACCCAGCAAGUGCAGUGUGGUCGACUCACUUGUCCCC